AUGCCUGGGAACAAGUACAACAGUAAUUCAGCCCACAUUCCAAAUCGAGUUGAACGGCUCUUGAGAGUAAGGGAGCUUAGGAAGAAUAAUAGAGCAUCAUCACAAUUAAAUGAAGCAAAUGAUAAUAAUAGUGAAAAAGAAGAGGAAAGCUCAAGAAAUUCUUAUUUCGAAAAAUACUUGGAUGGGGCUGCAGCUGUAAGGGCACUUAAUGAGGGGCCUGAAAACCAAGAAGCAAGGCCUCUUAGGCAAAGGCUGUUGGUUGUGGCCAACAGGUUACCCGUGUCUGCUGUUAGGAGAGGUGAAGAUUCAUGGUCUUUGGAGAUAAGUGCUGGGGGUCUGGUCAGUGCCCUUUUAGGUGUAAAGGAGUUUGAGGCAAGGUGGAUUGGGUGGGCUGGGGUAAAUGUACCAGAUGAUAUUGGACAGCAGGCACUUACAAAAGCUCUAGCUGAAAAGAGAUGUAUUCCCGUCUUCCUUGAUGAGGAGAUUGUCCAUCAAUAUUACAAUGGCUAUUGCAACAAUAUUUUAUGGCCCCUUUUCCAUUACCUUGGGCUCCCACAAGAAGAUCGACUUGCCACCACUCGGAGUUUCCAGUCACAGUUUUCUGCAUAUAAGAAGGCGAAUCAAAUGUUUGCAGAUGUAGUUAAUGCACAUUAUGAAGAGGGUGAUGUUGUUUGGUGCCAUGACUACCAUCUUAUGUUUCUUCCAAAAUGCUUGAAGGAAUAUAACAGCAAAAUGAAAGUCGGUUGGUUUCUCCACACUCCAUUUCCUUCCUCUGAAAUUCAUAGGACGCUGCCAUCACGAUCAGAACUCCUGCGCUCAGUUCUUGCAGCUGAUUUGGUUGGUUUUCACACUUAUGACUACGCACGACACUUUGUUAGUGCUUGCACUCGCAUUCUUGGGCUUGAGGGUACACCUGAAGGAGUUGAGGAUCAAGGGAGGCUUACUCGAGUGGCUGCGUUUCCUAUUGGAAUAGAUUCAGAUCGCUUCAUACGAGCACUUGAGGUUCCUCAAGUCCAAGAACACAUUAGGGAACUGAAAGAAAGAUUUGCAGGGCGAAAGGUAAUGUUGGGUGUUGAUCGGCUUGAUAUGAUUAAAGGAAUCCCUCAAAAGAUACUGGCGUUUGAAAAGUUUCUUGAGGAAAACCCUAUCUGGCGUGACAAAGUGGUUUUGCUGCAAAUUGCAGUGCCAACAAGAACCGAUGUUCCUGAGUAUCAGAAACUUACAAGUCAGGUUCAUGAAAUUGUUGGACGAAUUAAUGGCAGAUUUGGAAGUUUGACUGCUGUCCCUAUACAUCACCUGGAUCGUUCUCUCGACUUUCAUGCAUUAUGUGCACUGUAUGCUGUUACAGAUGUAGUACUUGUCACAUCCCUCAGAGACGGAAUGAAUCUUGUCAGUUAUGAAUAUGUGGCUUGCCAAGAUGCAAAGAGAGGGGUCCUUAUCCUUAGUGAGUUUGCUGGUGCCGCACAGUCUCUAGGUGCCGGAGCAAUUCUAGUGAACCCAUGGAACAUCACAGAAGUUGCCAAUUCAAUUGCCCAAGCACUGAAUAUGUCCUCUGAAGAACGAGAGAAGCGACAUAGGCAUAACUUUUUACAUGUGACAACCCACACUGCCCAGGAAUGGGCUGAAACUUUUGUAAGUGAGCUGAACGAUACUGUUGUAGAGGCGCAAUUGCGGACAAGACAAGUACCACCACCACUGCCAAACAGGGAGGCAAUUCAACGUUACUUACGAGCAAAUAACCGAUUGCUUAUACUGGGAUUCAAUGCGACUUUAACUGAACCAGUGGACACUCCUGAGAGACGAGGUGAUCAAAUAAAAGAAAUGGAACUUAAAUUGCAUCCGGAUUUGAUAGAACCCUUGACAGCACUCUGCAAUGAUCCAAACACAACCAUUGUUGUCCUCAGUGGGAGUGACAGGAAUGUCUUAGAUGAUAACUUUGGGGAGCUUGACAUGUGGUUGGCAGCUGAAAAUGGAAUGUUUCUACGGGCCACAAAGGGACAAUGGAUGACAACGAUGCCUGAACAUUUGAAUAUGGAAUGGGUCGAAAGUGUGAAGCAUGUCUUUGAAUAUUUCACAGAGAGAACACCCCGGUCACACUUUGAACUUCGUGAAACUUCCCUCGUUUGGAAUUACAAAUAUGCAGAUGUUGAUUUUGGAAGACUUCAAGCGAGAGAUAUGUUGCAGCAUCUCUGGACUGGUCCAAUCUCUAAUGCAUCUGUUGAUGUUGUUCAAGGUAGCCGGUCUGUGGAGGUGCGAGCAGUUGGUGUCACAAAGGGUGCAGCAAUUGACCGUAUAUUGGGAGAGAUAGUUCACAGUAAAUCCAUGACAUCCCCCAUUGAUUAUGUACUGUGCAUGGGGCAUUUUCUUGGGAAGGAUGAAGAUGUGUACACCUUUUUCGAGCCGGAUCUGUCGACUGACAAUAAUGGUCUUCCAAGAAGCAAGAUAACUGAUGGACUAAGGUCAUCUGGUGAGAGAAGAUCUUCUCCGAAGCUUCUGGCAAACAAAAGUGGGUCAAAAUCAUCGCAAAACAAGACACAACGACCUUUACCAAAUCCUGAGAAGAAAGCUGCUGUCAACCAUAAAUCUGGGAAUGUAAGGUCGCCAUCUCCUGAUAAGAUUUCUUGGAAUGUACUUGACCUCAAGAAGGAGAACUACUACUCUUGUUCUGUUGGGAGGACUCGUACAAAUGCUCGAUAUCUACUUCAGUCAUCAGAUGAUGUAGUCUCAUUUCUGAAGGAGUUGGCUGAUGCAUCUUCAGAUUUUGAGUAACAAUGUUCUCACAUUUCGGAGAUAGUGUAGGAGAACUACUACUCUUGUUCUGUUGGGAUGCCUCGUACAAAUGCUUAAUAUCUACCUCAGUCGUUAGAUGUAAUCUCAUUUCUGAAGGAAUUGGCUGAUGCAUCUUCAGAUUGAGAGAUAUAAUGUUCUCAUAUUUCAGAGAAGUGUAUUUCUGAUUUCAUCUGCAUUGUAGAUAUUCCAAGUUUCCAAC